UCCCGAAUCCAUCGAUGGAGUGCUCUGGACUACCUGACCCUGUGAAAGGGAAAGAAUGCACUUUCUCCUGUGCCUCUGGCGAGUACCUGGAGAUGAAGAACCAGGCGUGCAGCAAAUGUGCAGAGGGGACCUACUCGCUGGGCAGUGGGAUCAAGUUUGACGAGUGGGAUGAGCUCCCAACAGGAUUUUCCAAUGUGGCGACAUUCAUGGACACGGCGGUUGGCUCAGCAGAGAAUAAGGCUGACAGCUGCAACAACUCUUCAUGGACACCUCGAGGGAACUACAUAGAGUCGAACAGGGAUGAUUGUACAGUUUCUCUCAUCUACGCUGUGCACCUGAAGAAAUCGGGUUCUGUCUUCUUCGAAUACCAGUACAUUGACAACAACAUCUUCUUUGAGUUUUUUAUACAAAAUGACCAGUGCAAAGAGAUGGAGUCCACAGCAGACAAGUGGGUGAAGCUAACAGACAACGGGGAAUGGGGCUCUCAUUCUGUAACUCUGAAAUCGGGUAGCAAUAUAUUAUACUGGAGAACAACAGGGAUUCUCAUGGGGUCCAAAGCAGUAAAACCAGUUCUGGUGAAAAACAUCACAAUUGAAGGAGUAGCAUAUACAUCUGAAUGCUUCGCGUGCAAGCCUGGUACCUUCAGUGACAAACCAGGUUCAUCUGGCUGCCAGGUGUGUCCGAGAAACAGUUAUUCUGAGAAAGGAGCUAAAGAAUGCACCAAGUGUAAAGAAGAAAUUUAUUAUGCAGAUGAGGGUUCCAGUGCGUGUAUAGAACGUCCCCCAUGCACAAACAAAGACUUUUUCCAGAUCCAUACUCCGUGUGAUAAGGAAGGAAAAACUCAGAUCAUGUACAAAUGGAUUGAGCCCAAGAUCUGCAGAGAGGAUCUCCCUGACGCACUGACCCUACCUCCUUCUGGAGAGAGGAAGGAUUGUCCACCCUGCAAUCCUGGCUUUUACAACAACGCCUCCUCUUCCUGCACUCCUUGCCCACCAGGCACAUUUUCAGAUGGGACACAGGAGUGCAAAGCCUGCCCUGCUGGGACCGAACCAGCUCUUGGGUUUGAGUACAAGUGGUGGAACAUCCUGCCAGGCAACAUGAAGACAUCUUGCUUUAAUGUUGGCAACUCAAAGUGUGAUGGGAUGAAUGGUUGGGAGGUGGCUGGUGAUCACAUCCAGAGUGGGGCAGGAGGCUCUGACAAUGACUAUCUUAUCUUGAACCUGCACAUCCCAGGAUUUAAACCUCCAACAUCAGUGACAGGAGCAACGGGGUCAGAACUAGGACGGAUUACUUUCAUUUUUGAGACCAUCUGCUCAGCAGAUUGUGUGCUGUACUUUAUGGCGGAUAUUAAUCGAAAAAAUACCAAUGUGGUGGAAUCAUGGGAAAGAAGUAAAGAGAAACAAUCCUACACUCACAUCAUCUCCAAAAAUGCUUCCUUCACGUUCACCUGGGCCUUUCAGAGAAUAAACGAGGGCCAAGAUAGCAGACAGUUCAUCAAUGACAUGGCAAAGAUCUACUCCAUCACGGUGACCAAUGCAGUGGAUGGAGUCGCCUCUUCUUGCCGGGCCUGUGCGCUGGGUUCUGAGCAGUCUGGUUCAUCCUGUGUACCCUGCCCACCCGGACACUACAUCGAGAAGGAGACCAGCCAGUGCAAGGAGUGUCCAGCCAAUACCUUCCUGUCCAUCCACCAGGUCUACGGCAGGGAGGCCUGCAUCCCAUGUGGGCCUGGCAGCAAGAGCACUAAGGACCAUUCUGCCUGCUUCAGUGACUGCCUGGUGUCAUACAUCAAGGAUAAUCAGAGCCUGACUUACAACUUCAGCAACCUCAGCCGAGUGGGCUCAUUGAUGAGUGGACCUAGCUUCACCUCCCGAGGGACCAAGUUCUUCCACUUCUUUAACAUCAGCCUGUGUGGGAAUGAGGGGAAGAAGAUGGCUAUUUGCACUGACAAUAUCACAGAUGUUACUCUGAAGGACAUGGUUGCAGAAUCAGAAGAUUUUUCCAGUUUUGUGGGAGCUUUUGUCUGUCAGUCCACCAUCAUCCCGUCAGACAGCAAGGGUUUCCGAACAGCCCUGGCUCUGCAGUCCAACAGCCUUGCUGACAGGUUCUUAGGAGCUACUGUUGAAACAACGCUGGAAAAUAUCAGCAUCAAGACAGAUAUGUUUCCUCCCUCUCCAAGCAAACUACCUGAUGUGCAUUUCUUUUACAAGUCUUCAACAGUAACAACCUCAUGUGAAAAUGGCCGUGCAACUGUUGUGACAAUGAGAUGCAACCUCAACAAACCAGACCAAGGGGAGCUUUCUGUGCCCAGCUCGUGCCCUGCAGGCACCUGCGAUGGAUGCACUUUCUACUUCAUAUGGGAAAGUGCAGAAGCUUGCCCUCUCUGCACGGAGCAAGACUACCAUGAGAUUGAGGGAGCCUGCAAGAAAGGAUUUCAGGAAACCUUGUAUGUAUGGAAUGAGCCAAAGCACUGCAUUAAAGGAGUUCCCUUGCCAGAAAAAAGGACGAGCACAUGUGAAACAGUGGAUUUUUGGCUGAAAGUUGGAGCUGGUGUUGGUGCUUUCACAGCCGUUCUGCUCAUAGCCUUGACCUGCUACUUUUGGAAGAAGAACCAAAAGCUGGAGUAUAAAUAUUCAAAAUUAGUGAUGACAGCGAACUCAAAAGAGUGUGAGCUGCCAGCUGCUGACAGCUGUGCUAUAAUGGAAGGCGAAGAUAAUGAAGAAGAAAUAGUAUAUUCAAAUAAGCAGUCACUGCUGGGGAAGCUCAAGUCCCUGGCAACAAAGGAGAAGGAAGAUCAUUUUGAAUCUGUUCAGCUGAAAUCUUCAAGGUCCCAGAAUAUAUGAAGAAAAAAUGCUGCCUUCAAAGGAAAAAACCUAAUUUCUAUUUUUACAGGACCAUAUU